AUGAACAGUACAAUCUCUUUGCAACCUGCACCAUACAAUUUUGUGCAAGCAGCCAAACAGCCAAUUAUGUAUACUUAUCUAAUCACAACGAUAUUUAUUGUGAUCAUGAAUAUAUUAAAUGUUUGGGUACUUAAUCGUCCAGUUCUUCGAUCAUCUUCAUGUACGUAUUAUUUGCUUGCUUCAGUUAUGCCCGUUCCAAUAUUCAUUAUUGUUACACCUGUAAAUCAGAUUCUAGUAAACAAUCGUGGAUUAUAUAUCAGCGGUACAACAGUCACAUGUAAAUUAGUGAUGUUUUUCAUUUCUACAAGUUCAUUAUGGUAUGCUUCAAUGUUAGUAUGUGCUACAAUUGAUCGAUUUCUCACAAGUUCAACUCUAGUUCAUUUACGUCAUUUUACUCAAGUGCGUGUGGCACGAAUAAUUAUCCCCAUUAAUUGGAUCUUAAUUUUGAUAUAUAUGUCACCAUUUAUAAUAAUUUAUUACUAUGAUCCGAUGAGUAGCAAUGCAAAUAAAUGUGUUCAAUAUUCAACAACAUUAAUUAGUAUUUAUCUCAUUAGUCGAGUUAUUGUUUACUAUGUUAUGGUACCAUUAUUAUUGGCUAUAUUCGGUACAUUAACAAUUUAUAAUAUUCGAACUCAACGACAUCGUAUAGCGCCAGUAAAUCAAUUCAAUGGUCAACGUCGUACUGAGAGUCAAUUAGCUCGUAUGUUAAUCAUUCAAGUAGCUUCGUAUUUACUGUUCUUUACACCAUCUGGUAUAAUAUAUAUUCUUGUGACAUUUUUUCCAUCUCUGAAUACAUCAUAUUAUGCAACAAUUCGAAGUUUAGCAGGUGCUUGGCAACAAGGUGGUUAUUUCAUUUCUUUUUUCUUUUAUAUCUUCUCGGGUAAAAUAUAUCGAGAGGAAUUAAAGAAAAUAUUUCGAUGGGAUCGAAUUCGUGGUAAAAUAUUCAAUAUUCAUAAUCAUCCUCAUUCAAUGACUGUAGGAGCAAAUAUGUUGCCCUCUGUACGUGAAUAA